AAACCCCUGUUACAAGCCUUGGAUUUUGUGGAUGGAUUUUGGUGAUGGUCUCAUUGUUGUUCACAGUUGCAACUUUCCCAUUUUCAAUAUGGAUGUGCAUAAAGAUCGUGAAAGAAUAUGAAAGAGCCAUCAUCUUUAGAUUGGGUCGCAUUGUGCAAGGGGGAGCCAAAGGACCUGGUUUGUUUUUUGUUCUGCCAUGCACGGACAGCUUCAUCAAAGUGGACAUGAGAACGAUUUCAUUUGACAUUCCUCCUCAGGAGAUUCUCACUAAGGACUCCGUGACAGUCAGCGUGGACGGGGUGGUCUAUUACCGCGUCCAGAACGCGACCCUGGCUGUAGCAAACAUCACCAACGCGGACUCAGCAACCCGUCUUUUGGCCCAGACUACCCUGAGGAAUGUCCUGGGCACCAAGAACCUUUCUGAGAUCCUCUCUGACAGAGAAGAAAUUGCACACAACAUGCAGAGCACACUGGAUGAUGCCACUGAUGACUGGGGAAUCAAGGUGCAGCGUGUGGAAAUCAAGGAUGUGAAGCUCCCUGUCCAGCUCCAGAGGGCAAUGGCUGCAGAAGCAGAAGCAUCCCGUGAGGCCAGGGCCAAGGUCAUUGCCGCUGAGGGAGAAAUGAAUGCAUCCAGGGCUCUGAAAGAAGCUUCCCUAGUCAUCACCGAAUCGCCUGCAGCCCUUCAGCUCCGGUAUCUUCAGACACUGACCACCAUUGCUGCUGAGAAAAACUCGACGAUUAUCUUCCCUCUGCCCAUAGAUAUGAUGCAAGGCAUUAUGGGGGCAAAAAAGUGAGGCAUAUAGGCCAACAGAGAUGAGCUCUUCCCUUCCAAGGGUGAAGUGGGGGACCAAAUCAGCCUUUAACCCACCCCUAAGGAGAGAGUAGGGUGGGAACCUUGACUAAUCUCCCUCCCUUUCUUUUUCCAUAUGUUGAGUGUGAUGGUCUUAGAAUGUAUAGCGAUCCUAGGAUCCAACA